AUGAUAUCUCUCCACUACCACCGCAUGCUCCUAUUCUUUUUUCUGCUCUUCCUUUCCCUCAUCCUCCUCUUACAUUUCACAUAUCUUCAUUCACUAAACUUCAAUCUAAGUCUGAACCCCCUAUCCAUAACCAACUCCAACGCCCCAUCUAGAAAACAAAAAUACAUCACCCAAGAAGGCAAACCCAUCAACCAGCAAACCAUCAUCCAGCUACGAGCAAAAAUAAACCAAGGAAAAUAUCCCGCGCUGAAAAAAUUACUCGAAGAUGAUGUUUUGGGAGUAGGUGGACAAAAUGGAGAGAAGUCUGAGAAGGCAAGCGGAGGAGAAAAAAUUAUUCAUCAGCUGUGGCAUAAUCUGGAAGGAGGAUUUGCGAGAAGAGUUGAGAGGCGCGGGAAUGGGAAUGUGGGAGUUCAAAAAGGAGGAGGAAGUUAUGGGGACGGUAAGGGAAAGGGAAAAAUACAUAUCGCGGAAGAUAAAGAGGGAUGGGAAGUAUUUGGAGGAGAUGGAGAAAUUCCUCGUGAGUGGGAAGAGAGGAGAGAGUAUUGUAGGGGAAUUAAUGAACAGAGUGGAUGGAAAUAUAUUCUCUGGACCUCCCGGAAAUCCGUCGCCUUUAUUAAAACUCACUAUCCGCCGUUUCUCAAAACAUAUAUAUCCUAUUCCUCUAAUUCCCAACGCGUCGAAGCGAUGAAAUAUCUUCUGCUUUAUAAAUAUGGUGGUAUUGUAUUGGAUAUGGAUCCGAUUUGUCUGCGUGCUCUGGAUCCAUUUUUGAUGCUUGGGUUGUUUGUUAUAGUUGAGCCUUUAUCUUUAUCUUCCUCUAAAAACAAAAAUGAGGAUAAAGAAGGAGACGAGAAGCUAAAAGGAACAAUCUUAUCACGUAUCAUGGGCGCUCCGAGAAAUCAUGGGUUUGUAGUGGAGUUGAUAGAUGUGUUGAUGGGACAUAGUGCACCGGGGGUUGAAGGAACGCGAGAACGGGAGAGAGAUAGAGAAAUCGGAGGAUUGAUUUUGACGGAGAAAUUGAAGAAGGGGGAGAAAUUGAUGAUGUGUAAGAGAGACAUUUUUGGAGAGGUGUGGGAUGCGUAUCAUAGGCGAAUUGAAGAGGGAGUAUUGAAUGUGGGUGUUAGUUUUGGUGCUAAUACGUCUACAAGUAUGGAUGAUAAGAGGGGGAAUAGUGGCCGAGAAGAAAUGGGAUUGGUGGGUAGUGUGGGAUGGAGAGUUAGUGUGUUGCGAAAGGGAGAGGGUGUUGGGAGGGGAUUCUUCGGUGAGUUGUUGGAUUUUGCAUGUCUUGCUUCCCGUGUGGUAAACAGUCCCCACCCUCCCAACGUCAAACCCCCUUCUCCGUCCAAACCCCAAUCAAAAACCUCACACACCUCUUCCACUCAUUUUCUUCUCCCUCUACUAAUACUCAUCUCUCUUUCCCUCCUCAUAACAAUAAUUUUCUACUCUCAUUACCGCUCUCGCACAUGCAAACAACCGCUUCUCAGUCGCGCUUCAAGUAGAUAUGAGAGAGGAAGGAAAAGGGAGAGAGUCUUGAGAAGUGCGGGAUUGGGUGGAGGAAAUGGUGAAUUUUUGUUUAAUGGGUAUGGAGGGGGUGGGUAUAAGUGA